ACAGUUUCCACUGCCAGCCAGAUAAAAUACGCCGCUCGACAGUCCGGGCAGACGAUACGAGGCCGUCCCCAGGUGGUGUGUUGGUGGAUGUUUAAGUUCAGCAACAUCUUGGUUAUCUAAGAUCUCAACUCUCAACUCUCAACAACAACCCCUCUCCGGUGUUUUUGCGGUACCUAGAUCUAGAUACUGUUGCAGCAGUGAAUGAAUCGUGUGCACUGUGUAUUUUGUUUCCGAGGACGAGACGGGCAGCGAUUAUAAAGCUCGGAGUUGUUUUGACUUGUGCCACAGAGCCGGACUCCCCUCGGACCUGACCGCUAGACUUUUAGAUCUACAAGCUUUGCUGUGUUAACCUUACACCCUCCACACCCACACAGACCCGUCGUACUAGGGGCCUAUAUGGAUGGUAACGUUUGUGUUCCUAACAGGCCACCACGCUGCGUAUCCAUAGGAAGCUGUAACGUUCAUUUGACGUGGAAAGGAUUAUCCAAAGAGUUCCUCGGGAAUUGCGCGUGUGUGUUGUCUGAGAGAUCCCCCAAGGCCGUGAGCCAGAGCUCGUUCGUUUACCUUUGAGUGAUCAGGUGGGAUGUUAUCCUUCUAUUCUAUGGAAACCCACGAAGGCAAUAUGUUCGCGGUUGGGGACGAGUUUGAUCUAUGGAACAACGAAAAGGGUACCAUGCUGAUCCAUAGACCGGAAGUGCACCACUCCCCGGGCCAGACAGCGAUGACGUCACCAGACUACGCCUACUCCGAGUCGCCCUCCAUCCUCUCCAGCAUCAUCAACUUCAACGACAGCAGCAACCGCGCCGACAGCAGCACGUUCGACGACAGCGCUAACAUCGUCAGCAGCACAACCACCAGCAGCAGCAACAACAACAACUGGCGUUUUUACGGAAGCAACUACAACAACAACAAUAACAAUAGCAACAGCUACCACAACGCUGCCGGUGGCCAAGACAACAUCAACAACAGCAGCAGCAACAACAACAACAGCAUCAACAACACCAGCAUCCAUAGUGCCAGCAACAACAACAACAACAACAGCAACAACCUUAUCAGUAACAUCAGUAACAACAAUAUCACCACCACCACAACCACCACCAACAACAACAACCACCACAACAACCACAGCAACCACCACCACACAGCAAGCGACAGCAGCAGUUUCCCGUGCACAGACGUGAACCACCGGGCCACUGACAGCACCACGCUCGUCCCAGACGACAUCUUCCUACUGUCGGCCACCGCCAGGUUUCCCACCACAACCUCUGCCGCACUGCUGGACUUCCAGCCGGGGAAUGUUCAAGACCUCCUCCCCCUCUCUCCUCCCGAAUCCUCCAGCUCUUCCUCUGUAGAAUCCAGCUCCUCCCCUCCAAUCCUAACGCCCUUCUUCCCGGUCUCAUUAUCCUCCUCCUCAUCAUCAUCAUCGUCGUCUUCUUCUUCUUCGUCGUCUUCGGCAUCCUCCAUGUCCGUGGCUAUGACGUCACAGGUCCCCAGCUGCGCCGGUCAGACAGGGGGAGAGAGCGGUCAGCGACAACACAACGGCUACCACACCACGCCCUACGGCCCGGCCGAGAUAGCCCUGAGGGCUUCUUCCGGCGCGCCCUCAAGAGGACCACGCCCUUUGUGUGUCCGCGGAACCGUCGUUGUGACAUCCGGGGAGACCGGAGGAAUCUGUGUGGCUGUUGUCGCUACCAGAGGUGUCUGGCUGAGGGCAUGUCCAAACAAGAGUUUGGUCCGGACGGCGAAGACCUGGAGCUUUUGGUUCAGGAUCUGGUGGAGGCGCACGACAACAGUGUGUUGGUUUCUACGCGCGCAGCCACCUCCUAUAUACAGGAGAUGACCACAUUCCAUAGUGGAACUGGAUGACCGGGCGGGCGUGGAGAGACUGCAGGAGCUGUUGCUGUGUUGUCUGCAGCACGUCCUGUCGAGGACACGCCCCCGCCACCAGUGGGCCACUGUGAUUGGUCAGGCCUUCGACAUGCUGACGUCAGUGCGAGAAAUCAGCCACGUUUACUUCCAAAACACGGACCAUUCCGCGGCGAUAAAUCUGUUCAAGGAGGAGGUGCUAGCCCAGGAGAUGUCUCAGCUGACCACGAGCGACGACAGCCACGAGUCUAGAGGGUCAAGUCUGCGACAGGAAGUGGCGGGAGAUUCUUGACCGCUGGAGAAAAAUGUGUUGUUACUAUUUAUAUUUAACCAUUCACCUUUGUUGAUUGACAACCACAACAAAGACCACAUUGUUGAUUGACAGUGCGUGCGUCUGUUUGUCUGAGGUCUGUUUCCCUCUCUCCAUCCGUUCUCGUGACGACACAUGAUACAGAAGCUGGACACACGCCAUAAACUGAAGCCUGUUGUUCCAACGGACCACCGACCGAAGUCCGCCUCAGUGGUUCAGUGGCCCAGUGCUUGGCUGUCACGUGCAGGAGACCCAAGUUCAAUUCCCGAGUGGGGAGAAUUUUUAUCGAGUAUCUCAGUCUGU